AUGAAUGGUUCCGGCUAUGAGAUAAACACAAACGGUGACAUCCUGUUACAGAACCAGCAGAAGGGCUGGUGGACGAUCGGGCUCAUCAAUGGCCAGUACAAAUACAUGACGGCGGAGACGUUCGGCUACAAGCUGAACGCGAAUGGUGCGAGCCUGAAGAAGAAGCAACUCUGGACGCUCGAACCAUCGAACACCGGUGAUAGUAUCAUCUAUCUGAAGUCUCACCUCGGUCGCUACCUCUCUGUGGACACCUUCGGUAAUGUGUUGUGCGAGUCGGAGGAACGUGACGCUGGUAGCCGCUUCCAGAUCAGCAUCACGGAUGACAACUCCGGCCGUUGGGCGUUGAAGAAUGAGCAACGUGGAUACUUCCUGGGUGGAACUCCCGAGAAGCUCACCUGUACGGCGAAGGCUCCAGGAAAGAGCGAGCUGUGGAGUGUGCAUCUGGCCGCCAGACCGCAGGUGAACCUUCGUUCCGUUGGUCGCAAGCGGUUCGCCCAUCUUUCUGACACGCAGGAUGAGAUCCACGUCGAUGCGAACAUCCCGUGGGGCGAGGACACGCUGUUCACGCUGGAGUUCCGUGCCGAUGAGGAUGGCCGUUAUGCGCUGCACACGUGCAACAACAAAUACCUCAACUCGAACGGCAAGCUGGAGAACAAGUGCACCGACGACUGCCUGUUCUCGGCUGAGUACCACAGCGGUCACCUGGCGUUGCGUGAUCGACACGGACUCUAUCUGUCACCGAUUGGCUCGAAGGCGGUGCUGAAGUCCCGCUCGCAGACGGUCACACGUGAUGAGCUGUUCUCGCUGGAGGACUCACUGCCGCAGGCCUCAUUCAUCGCUGCACUGAACAGCAAGUACGUUUCGGUGAAGCAAGGUGUCGACGUGACUGCCAACCAGGAUGAGAUCGGAGAGAACGAGACGUUCCAGCUGGAGUUCGAUUGGUCCGCUCAUCGGUGGGCGCUGCGUACUACUCAGGAUCGAUACUGGUGUCUUUCGACCGGAGGUGGCAUUCAGGCGACCGGAAAUCGCCGCUCGGCUGAUGCACUGUUCGAGCUGGAAUGGCACGGUGACGGAUCGGUAUCGUUCCGUGCCAAUAACGGCAAGCUGCUGGCCACCAAGCGCUCGGGGCAUCUGUUCGCAACGGCCGAAGCGAUCGAGGAGACGACCAAGUUCUACUUCUAUCUGAUCAACCGACCGAUCUUGGUGUUGAAGUGUGAGCAAGGAUUCGUGGGCUAUCGUGCCCCGGGCAGCAACAAGCUCGAGUGCAAUAAGGCCAUCUACGAGACGAUCCUGGUCGAGCGCGCCCAGAAGGGCAUUGUGCACUUCAAGGGUCAGAACGGCAAGUACUGGCGUGUGGAUGGCGAGGGCAUUGCUGCUGAUUCGGAUGUACCAUGUGACGGGUUCUUCAUCGAACUACGCGAACCGACACGCAUCUGUCUGCGUUCGAGCGACGGCCGUUAUCUGGGCGCCACCAAGAACGGCACAUUCAAGCUCGUCGACACCGGCUAUGACACCGCUACCCAGUGGGAGUACUAA